AUGGUUAGGCCUGAGUAUGCUUCACCCCCCGAUAUUUUUUACAACGAAGAUGAAGCAAAAAAAUACAUUAGGAAUUCGAGAAUUAGAAAUAUACAGGCUCAAAUGACUGAGAGAGCAAUGGAGCUCCUUCUACUACCAGAUUCCCCAUGUUUAUUAUUAGAUAUUGGAUGUGGGUCAGGAUUAAGUGGAAUAACUCUAAAUGAGUCGGAUCAUUUUUGGAUAGGAAUAGACAUUAGCAUUCAUAUGAUAAAAGCAGGUUUGCAAAAUGAAGCCCACCUUGGUGGAGACAUGCUUUUAGCAGACAUGGGAAAAUUGAUGAGGUUCCAAUCUAACAUUUUUGAUGGAGUAGUCAGUAUAUCUGCGUUACAGUGGUUGUGCAACUGGGAUAAAAAAGAGGAAAGACCAAUCUCCAGAAUGAUAACAUUUUUUAAGUGGUUAUGUGUCUGUCUAAAAAAAGGAGCCAGAGCUGUAUUUCAAUUUUAUCCUGACUCAGCAGAACAAAUAGAAGCACUCACAAAAUUUGCGAUGAGGGCUGGCUUUGGAGGCGGUGUUGUUGUUGACUAUCCAAAUUCGACAAAAUCCAAAAAAUAUUACUUGUGUUUAUGGGAAGGAUCAUCGAUGGUUUCACAUCCUCCCAAUCAAAUAGAAUAUGAGGAAGAUGAAGUUAUUUCGUUGGAAAGGAGAAGUCAUAAUAAGAAAGCAAAGAAGCAAAUUAAGAAAAAUAAAGAGUGGAUUAUGAAGAAAAAGGAACAAAGAAGAAUGAAAGGGUUGCACGUGAAAAGAGAUAGUAAAUACACAGGAAGGAAAAGAAAGGGGAGAUUUUAA